AUAAUAUUAUCUAUGUUCACAAUAAUAUCCUAUUUUAUAAUUAUAAUAAUUAUUUAAUGUCCAUCUUAAAUAUUAUAUUAUUAAACAUCAAAUCAUAGAAUAUAGAAUCAUAUUGCUUGUGCACUGUUUUGAGUUUUUUGUACUAAUUUGACUUAAAGAUACAUUGUUAACUCAUUGUGAUGGCUAUCAAUACAUCAGUUGUACUUGUAAAUGCUGGCCUAGAAGCAUUGUUGAGAUUUGUUGGUGAUUUGGAUUUUGAGUUGUCAGAGGUACCGACUGCUUUAAUAGCUGGAUCUAUUGUUGGGGCAUGUAGUUUUAUUGGAGGUCUUAUAGGUGGAAGAACUGGACUUUUAGUUGGCGGAGGUAUUGGAUACCAGAUUAACAAUUUGUUGAUACCAAGAAUUAGAAAUGUUGGAAACAUGUUACGGGAGUUAGCUACAGAUCAUCUUCGGAGUUUGUUUGAUUUACUGAUUAGUGGAAUUCAAAAUACGGUUUCUUCUGUACUGGGUCAAAUGGUAAAUCGAAAUCUAUACCUAACAGAUCUUUUAGAAAGGUAUGGUGGUAAUUCUGAUGUUCGGAUGAAUAUGAUUCAAACUCUUAUCAAUUUCUUCAAUGGUAUUCAUGGUGGUACUUUCCGCCAAGUCACACCAUAAUAAUAAUAACUAUAAUGUGUAUCAUUGUUUGCCUCAGCUAACUUACUUAAUAUUUACAUUUUUAUUUUAAAACAUAAUCAAUAAUCAAACCCAAUUUGUACGCAUUUUUUGUAACAAAAUUAAUGAAUAAUAAAGAUUCAAAAUAUUUUUUACUAAUA